CAAAGAUUUCCGCAGCCGACCAACAAAUCACAAUCCAUACAGUCCCAGCCAGCAAAUAUGUCGCAAAAGCGCAAGCAUGCCGACGCGACCGAGCCGUCCUCGUCCACACCCAAACCUUUCAAGAAGCAUCGCGCCUUCAAGCCCGGACAGAGCCACUCCAAACCGAAGAAGCGACCGCACGUUUCGAGCGAUAUCGACAAGAGUACCAGCACGCACGCGCUCAAGAGCCGUAUACGAGACUUGAGGCGACUACUCGCGCACGUCGACAAUGUAGGCGACCACAAGAUGUCGGCGAGCAAUAGGAUAGAGAGGGAGAGGGAGCUCGAGGCUUGUCAGCAUGAGUUACAGGAGAAGCUCGAAUCUACCAGGGAAGCCGAGUACCGGAAGAAGAUUAUUGGGAAGUAUCAUCACAUACGCUUCUUUGACCGCCAAAAGGGCACGAGGAUACUGAAGAAGCUGAAGAAGGAGUACGAGACAGAGGAAGACCAAACAAAGAAGCAGCAUCUAGCAGAAAAGGUGCACAAUGCCGAAGUCGACGUCAACUACUCCAUCUACUACCCGCUCCUGAAGCCCUACGCAUCCUUGUACCCAAAGUCCAAGAAGAGCAAGGCCUCGGACUCAGAUGACGCAAAUGAGGAAGAUGUCGAUGACAAGGCGAAUCGGGACGUCGAUGGACCAAAAGGCGAUCUGGAUAUGUGGAAAUCAGUUGAGGUGGCUAUGGCAGAAGGCACUUUGGAUGCGCUCAGAAAUCGCAAAGAGGACAUGCCUGCUCUUGUACCGAAGAAAGAGAAGAAGACAAAAGAGCAGUUGCAACCACAGCGAGCUGUCAAAUUCAAGGAGAAGAAAGUGGAAGAGAAGCUGGCUGCAGCCAAGAAUCGUCGCGAGAGGAGGGCACUUGGUGUCCAAGCCCAAGAAGAAGCAGAGGAGAGUGACGGCGGUUUCUUUGAGUAGCUUCAUGACACAGCACACUACGUACAUCUGCAUCAUAUACCCGGCGAUCAAUCGUCAAAAAGACUAU